AUGGCCUUUUUUGUUUGUGGAAGUCAACGUCGUCGCAAUAUCGGUGAGGAACUUAUAUUUGAGAAGCACAUUGCUUUUCUUAAGGCGCUUGAGAAAAAUCAGGAUCCUACGCUAGACUACAUGAAGCUGUCGGCAAUAUAUUGGUCAUUAACUGCUCUCGAUCUAAUGAAAAAACUCGAUGUGGUAGAUAAAGAUAUGAUUAUAAGCUUUGUUAAAUCCUGCCAUAACGACGAUGGAGGGUUUUCGCCAGCUCCAGGCCAUGAUUCUCAUCUUUUGUCCACACUUAGUGGUAUUCAAAUACUCACCAUGUAUGACGAAAUGAACGUUAUUAACCGUGAGUCGGUUAUUCGCUACAUUUCAGGCUUACAGAACCCGGAUGGUAGCUUCAUGGGCGAUAAAUGGGGCGAAGUCGAUUCCAGGUUCAGCUUUUGUGCCAUUGCUUCACUCAGUUUGUUAGGCGUUAUUCCAACUGAUUCUCGCGACUUUACUCAACCCCUAGAGGGCGUCGAUAUACACAUGGCUGUGGACUUCUUAGUUCGGUGUCAAAAUCGAGACGGUGGAUUCGGAACUCGACCGGGCAGCGAGUCUCAUGCUGGACAGGCCUACUGCGUUGUCGGCGCCCUGUCUCUGCUCGGACAGUUGAGGAUGUUGGACAUUGGCAAAGCAGCUUGGUGGCUCGCAGAGCGUCAACUUCCAAGCGGUGGUCUUAACGGCAGACCAGGAAAACAGCCGGACGUCUGUUACUCGUGGUGGGUUCUCGCUACGCUUACAAUCCUGGGUCGCCUAAUGUGGAUCAACGCGGCAGAGCUCACCAAGUUCAUUUUUGCCAGCCAGGACACCGAAACUGGCGGCAUCAGCGACCGCCCGGGCAACUAUCCGGACCCCUUCCACACCCUCUUUGGGCUGGCCGGCCUCUCCUUGCUGUCCAGGUUAAAUCCCCACGAAACCUCGGCGCCGGCCAAUCACAACGGUGGUGAUAGCGAGACCAAUGCCCUGUCCGUCGCCUCUUUUACCCUUAGGGACAUCAAUCCAGUCUUCUGUAUGUCACAGUACGUAAUCGACCGGCUCUCCCUACGUGUACAAACCUUGUGA